AUGGUUACCUUUUGUUUUACUUUAAACGCUAAAAUCGAAACCCUAAUAAAACUAUACGGUAAGGUAAUUCAGACAUCGUGCUCCAAUCAGCGAAAAAUAAAAUUCCUGCAUUGUGUGACGAAAAACAUUUUUUUAUUUGGAAGUUGUAAUAGCACGGAGAAGUUCCAAAUUAUACAGACAAAGAAAAUAAGUGUUCUUCUAGUGAUCAAGUGUACUGGAAUCGGAGGAAUCUAUUUGCGGAAACAAAAAAUAAACAUUACCAGGUUAGUAUUUUUAAAUCGAGUAACAAAAACCAAAGCCACUUCAAAUACUGUAGCCGAGUUAACUGGCAGUAAAAAGAGGGAACGUAGUAUAAAUAAUACUGACACCAUAAAUCUGAACACUCUUCCUAAUGAACCAAUUUAUCAAAAAUGCGCCAUUGAGCAUCGCCAAGAAAAUCUCAUCAACUUUAGUAAAACGAGAUAA